AUGGCCUUGUGGAAUUCCGAAGGUCUGGGGGGUAACUCGACGGGCGGAGGUGGAGGUGUGGCGGAGAACUGCCUACAAUCUUUACCUACGGAUGCUGCGAGCGUGAAAUUCGCGUCAGGCGUUGCGGAUAUUCCAGGUUCACCUGUGGCUCUAUCGCGCAUUGAGGCCCCGGCUGGUCGUGCCUUCGUCACGUCAUCCGUAAAUCGUCCACAGUCAGCGAACAAAGCAGAGGCUACCAAGACUACUUCGACAACAAGAACAGGCACGACCCCGGUCACUGGAGUAUCUCCCUCACCGAGGAGCUCGAGUGGCCCAAGCACAAAGAAAGCACCGGCCGCGAGAAGUUCAGCUGCGAGCGGAACAUCAGGUGUUCAGCCAGGUUCAGCAUCUCGCAACGGUGUUCCAAAUAAAGUUCCUGGUAGUUACUACGCUGCUGGCGAACGUAUACAAGGGGGUGGAGGCCGCGCCCCGAUACAGGAAGGGCACAGGAGUGGGAUCGAUUUUAGCGCAACCGCAACCGGAUCAAACAAGGCCCUUGGCACGGGGAUGAAGACCCGUUCUCGUGGCGCGGGAAGUGCGGAUGCUCUUGCCGGAGAUGCCAGCGCGACAAGGCCUGCG